UGUAUGUUUCCUCUCCCCCCUUGAGCUCCCCGAGAGGAAGUACACGUUUCACCAGGUGAUGUGCAGGAAGCCACGAAACACGCUCAGUUCAGUCACAUGUUUACAUUCAAACGAGACUGUAAGACUGGCUCUCUCGCUUUUCGAUCUAACAAUUUCUCAUCUAAAAUUGCCACGAGUGAAUCGCGAAUAUCCGGAAGUGAAUCGAUACACGUAAUGACACCCCCUAUUUUUAUCAAUCACUGAGUUUUUCCCUCAGUCAGAACGGUUCGUCCAGGCGUGACGUAAUAUCCCAGGAAUGAGUUGAAAAAAUGCUACGGAAAAAAUCGUCCUGCAGUGGCAAUUGCAAUUGUCACAUGUGUCGUGAACUGAAGGACUGCAGAAUGGAAAUUCCACGGAUUGAAUCAUACAUCAGUAAGCCAUUGGACACAACGAACUUUAUCCUCCGUAGGCCCAUGCCCUUUGUGAAACGCACACCGUCGAAGGAGUGGCAGGAAGCGACAAAGAGCAAUGACUACGAGAGCAUGUCGACGCUUGAGGACAAAAGCCGUCUCGCAUUUGAUGGCGAAGCUAGGGAGCAGUUGCCAGUGAAGAGUCCCAGGGGACUGUUAUCAGGCCCCUCUGACUCGGUGGAGGUGCACAGGUGCACUGGUGAGGUCAUGCCAACCCGUCCAGCACCGCCUAAACCUCUGCCAAAGCCGAGAAUCGUGACACCAGAAUGGAAUGACGGAAAGAUCGAGAGCGAUGGGAACAACAGGGUCGUUAUUUACUGCGGAAAUAAUCGACAGGGUAAGAGUGAGGGACAGGGAUGUCGCAUCACCAGGAGCCAGUCGUUGUGGUCGUUGAGGCAGAAUGGAGAUCGUGGCGAGUGUGAUGGGGAUGGCCAGCAAGUACCGGUGAAAUUUGAGGAUAAUCGAGUAGAAAUGGAGGCUGAUGGGUGCGAUCCCAGUGAAAUUAUUGUCAAAAUCAGCCCGAGCAGGGAGGACGUCCUCAGAAUCGAAGAGGACGAAACGAUUUUGGAGGACUACUGGUCAUUACCCGGUGAUACGACCGGAUUCAAGGCGGACUGGAGUUUUGUACAGCAGUGGAGACUCAGGGGGCCUGGAGGUGGUACCAGGGAUAUUUACUGUCCACCGUAUGCUAAGGACAACUCGGAAUCUACAAAAUCCCAUAAUAUGGUUCACAUGAUACCGGAGAGAGAUACUGACAGUGUUGCACCAACACCCACGCCCCAGCAUCCACAUCAAUCUCAACAUCAUCAUCUCAGUCAUGAACUUCGGCGACGGCCAACCGAGUGUACCGGUAACAGCUCUUCCGACGAGAACCGUUCAUCAGGUCACGCCAGUAUGUCGGACACAGGUGGGCACACGAGUAGUAGUUCCCCACCCCAUCGUCAUCACCGUAGUCACAGUCCUCCCCAAUUGAAUUCCGUCCCCGAGGAUGACAGGCUAUCGGCGUCAGUUACCCAGAGAAAUGGCCGCAACCGAAACGGACAGAGCCGGAAUCGCCAUCGAGCCACUCCCGCCAAGUUGCAGGUGCCCUGGUCUGGUUCUGGACUGGAGGACAUCAAACUAGCAAUUCAGCAGCUCACGAUGCGUUCCCACACAUCGACAUCAACUUACUCGUCUCUAAGUGGUUCUGAAAGCUCCGAACCAGCGGUGAGACGGCUAAUGAGGCACUCCAGUCUCGAGACAAUAAAUACCAAUGUGACUAGUGCCGAUGAAUUUGUCUGGGUGGACUCGCAUAAUCGUUUGGUAGAGCUCCAGCAGUUGCCCUGGACUCAUCACGACGUCCUGCGUGUUCUGCAAAAUGGCAGAACCCGAGAGCACAUGGACCAGGUGUCCAUGGAGACGAUUCCCAGGCUUUCGUACCUCCUCCAGCGUGCCCUUGUGCGCAUUGGUCGGGAAAUUCAACGAUUGUCGAAGCCCCUUGGCCUCUGCUCCAAGCAGGAGGUCUACAGUGCCUUCAAAAUAGUCCUCUGUCCAGCCCUCGCCGACUCUUGCACAAAAGCUUGCCUCAGGGCAGCCGCAAUGUUCGCUGUGUCGGGGGAUCAAUUAAAGCAGUCGAAAGCCUCUCGCUCGGGGCUACAACUUCCGGUUGGCAGAUUCCUCCGGUGGAUGUCUGACGUUAAACUUGGGAGGAUGAUUCAUGAAUAUGCGGCCAUUUAUCUGGCAGCAGGUGUCGAGAAUCUUUUAGAGGAAAUUCUGCUGCAGUGUCUUCCGACAGAGCCACACACCACUCUCACAGCUACCAUGCUGGAGCAUGCCAUUGCCAAUAGUGGGGAUCUUUGGGGUCUUCUCCAGCCAUAUGCACAUUUAAAUGCGGGAAGAAUUGCCUCUGGUGCACUGGCUAUGCCCAGGUGGGCCAGUGUCAGUUCAUUGAACUCAUCUAAUUCGUCGAAAAGUGGGAGGGAAGCUGGAACGAGUCUGGAGCCCUCGUUGUUGACUACUUGUGUUGGAUCGAUGGCUGAGCUACUGGAUCUCAUUGGAAAGGUUGCUCAUGCCGGCAGAUGCCCGGUACCGCUGACCAACAAAGCUUUGAAUGCCCUCUUUUAUUAUAUGCGAUGUUCACAGCUAGAGCACGGCGAACGUGGCUCAGGAAUCCAGGAGCUGGCCUAUGAGCGCGCCUACGUGGUUCUACCUCCCCUCGUGGAGUGGCUUCGAGUGUCCACAGCACACGCAGAGCACCGCCAUGGUCUCAUCGUGGACCACGACGACGUGAAUCAAGCAGCUAGGCUUCUCCUUCCGGGGGUCGAUUGCCCAGUGCGUCCAAUCGCCUUCGACGAAGUGACUCUAUCAAAAAAAACCGACGAUUCUGAAUACGUCCGCCGUCUCACCCUGGACAUGGCCUUCAAGAUGAUGAUGAGUGGCCGUCCCGACCUGAUCUCUCAGGCCCUUGCAUUUCUCCCCACGACCAAAAUCAACACCGUCAAUGACAAUGGUUUUACAGCACUGAUGCUCGCUUGCAUCAUUGGGAGUGAGACAGCAGUAACGGCUCUUCUCGAUUGCGGUGCAGAUGCCAAUAUCGAGAGUCCAGUUCCACUGGGGAACCCUGUGAGCCCGGUAAAAGGGGCCGCAGGAGCCAGUGCAACUCCUGGAAAGAGUAUUCCUAGUAUGAACGUCUCCUCGAGUUCAUCAUCGAGCCCUGGAGGGAAUGGGAAUUGCGCCCAGAGUAGUUUCAACGCUGAAACUCAACACUGGACUGCCCUGACGUAUUCGGCACUUCUCGGUCACUGCAGCAUCGCGAGAAUUCUCUUGGAGAGAGGAGCAACGGUCGAGGGUGGCGCGAUGUUGAGUGAAGACAAGUGCACAGUGACUCCUCUGCAAGCGGCUUCAGCCUCUGGAAAUCACGAAAUGGUGGCUCUCCUUCUAGCGCAUGGGGCUCAGCCUUUUUUGUCGACCCUCAUGAAGGAUUCGUUUUGCUACUCUGGGGCAGCACAACGAGGCUGCUACUCCGCUAUUUCUGUGGCUACUGCUCAUGGCCAACGAGGCUGCCUUCAUCAGCUCCUAUCCCAUCCUCUCAAUUUUUCGGCUAAACGAGGGGAGAAGGAGGUAUUGUCACUGGAGGAAAUUCUCGCUGAGGGAAAUCCUGGAUCUGGACAACAUCAGACGCAACAGCAAUCGUUAGACGGCAGGAGUGGCCGUAAAGAGGGAAAGGAACCGGUUUUUAAUAAAACACAGAGUAAAGCUCUGCAAGAGGCCAUGUACCAUAGUGCUGAGAGCAAUCAUCUGGAUAUUACCAUGGAGCUCAGGGGAUUGAAAGUGGGAUGGAGCCUUCAUUGCUGGAUACACAGUCUCUCCACUGCACAUGAAAUGAGAAUAGAUACGGUUAUUGAUCAGUUGCUCCAGGAUUUUCUGCAGGUCUGUCCCGAUGAUUACUCUAAUCAAUUUGUGCAAGAGUGUCUUCCCUUGUUAUUCAAUAUCUUCAGAUACAGCAAGAAGGAGGAAUCAACGCUCCUGCUUGGAGAUAUCUUCUCCACGUGUUACGGAUGGGAACCGAUAAAACCCAUCAGAGAUACAACGUUAUCCAGCGGCUCGAGAAUCGAUCCCAAGUUCGUUAAUAAUCCUGAACUCAGUGAUGUUCAGUUCAGGGUGGAGGGACGAGUGUUUUACGGUCACAAAAUCGUUCUUGUCACCUCGUCACCAAGGUUUAGGAAUAUGCUGAGCUCAAAAUUGUGCGAGGGAAAUCCACCCAUCGUGCAAAUCAACGAUAUACGAUAUCAUAUUUUUCAGAUGGUCAUGGAAUUUUUAUAUCACGGUGGCUGUGCAACACUAGAAGUCAACCAGAGUGACGUACUGGAACUCAUGGCAGCAGCAAACUUUUUCCAACUAGAUGGAUUACUUCGAUUCUGCGAAGCUCAAUGUUCAGCGAUGGUUGAUCUCGAUAACAUCGUUUCCAUGUAUAUCCAUGCAAAGGUAUACAAUGCAGCGCAAUUACUCGAAUACUGCCAAGGGUUUCUCCUGCAGAAUAUGGUUGCACUGUUGACCUACGAUGACUCGGUGAAACGUCUUCUAUUCGCUAAAAAACUACCCAACCACGAUGUACUGGCUGGACUCCUUCUCACACUUCAGGCAAGACUCAAAUCGAGAAGAGCACAGCCGCUGAAUACUAAAUUAAAAACGUAGAAAUCCUAAAAAAUUAUUCCCACGUGUCCUUACUUAUAAAAGACUGCGAUAAUCGUUCGAUAGUAUUAUUUUCACCCUAAAAUCAACGUCUCUCAUCUGUAGUAAGUGCCUUAAUUUCAUACUUGCCAAGUAUAAACAUGAUAAACUAGAAUUUUAUAACAUUGUUCUGCAGAUAAUUAUAUAUGUGAAAUCGUUAUGAAAUUCAUAUUAUUUAUGUGAUGACCAUUGUAUCAUUAAUUGAA